AUGUCUCGUCAACAAGCAUUCAACUCUUACAUCCGAGACCGCGAGACCGUCUCGCCUCCUCCAGCCAUGACGGCGGCGCCUUACUUCGAGUGGGUGACCGCUGACGAGCACAUCGCUUGGGUCAGCGCAAGUGUCGAGCGUCUUGUUCGUCCGCAUCUCCACCAAGCCAGCCUCAACGAGGACGAUCGCAGCUUCGAUGGGCACGUUUCAAUGAGCGCCGAAGUCGAAACUCUCUCCUCGGUCUGUGAUAGCGUCAGCGCGCCGACUCCAUCGGCCGCCCCCGUCAACAAGCUCAUUGCUUUGCCUUCCUCUAUCGACGAGGACGCGUCCAGCUUGCUUGACCAAGAGCGCGUGAUUGCGCAGCCUACCUCGGCUCAGGAUGAUGAUGUACUCGCCGCACUGGAAGAGGGUGCUUACUGGCGCUCUCCUCUUGGCACCAAUCAGGCUACUCCUGCCGACGGUGGCCUCAGCUGGCCCACCCCUCUCAAUGUCUCGGAGUCUGGAUCGCCGGAAGUCUACUUCAAUCACAGCCUCACAUCCACGCCCAUGAUUCGCACUCGUGGAAAUGUGCUGUCCACCCCAGCAUACCCACUACCCAGCGUUGAUGUUGUCAACGCCCUCAGCGAGUGUCGACGACGGGCUGCAACAAUUGAUGAAGAUCAGACCCCAAGAGCCCUCGGUGUCAGGUGGGGUGCCUACUCGCUGGCUGAGGAAGCCGAAUACAUUCGUGUGUUGCACACGCGUGCACAACGCAGACCCGAGUGCAACCAAGUGUAUGUGGAUCACAGAUCCGACUACACGACCACAACGUGCGGGGCCCGAUCUCGCUCCACGACCUUCACGUCUGUUGAGAGCGGCUCCCCACUCAAGGGCCUCGGCAUUUCCGGAAUCGAUGGGCCCCUGCGAGUCCCUAGCAAGGCACCCUCCACUCAGCGUCAGGUCCGGGAAGCUGCCAUGUAUCUUCGCGAAUUUAGCAUGGCGCACGCCGAAGAAGCGCGUCAGCGGAUGGCUGAUCAGGCCACGAACGCACGACGAACGGCCGGCAUCAAGGAAGCUGGCCUUGCUAUCCAGCAAUUUGGCGCCGCUCAUGCCGACAAAGCUCGCGCGCGCCUGCUCCAGGCUAAUGAGGCCAAGGACGAGACCAGAAAGACCAGACUCCUGUCGAUCGAUGUCGUCCGCAAGUGCAUCCAGCGCCGUAGAGAAGCCAAGAAACUUCAACAAGCCGAGAAGCUUAGACGCGAGAAGGUAGCCGACCAGAUCAAUGGCCUCCAUGCUCUUUACCGCAAGCAGGCCGCCGAGAGGCGCGAGAAGAUUGAGAUCGAACGCGAAAUGCGACGCGAGGCAAGACGCGCCAUGCAACCUCGCCACGCCUAA